ACACCGCUCUCUGCGCGCCUUUCGUCCGAAAAACGGAUCUUGGAGCCUUUCGUCAGAAGAACCCCCGGUUCAGGUCCUUUGGAUGUCCUUUUGGUUCAGGUCCCAAGCCUCGAAGCCGACGCUUCCGACGCAUGACGCUUCCGUGGAGUGCCGUGGUCGAUGGAGUCCUUGAGGUAUGAAGAGCAUGGCACCUGUUUGAGAGGUCUCUUGGCUGAGGGCAUCCUGGAUGAGGAGGGUGCCGAGGAGUAUCUACGUGAGGUGCAUGCCAUCGACUACUCCGACGGGGCCUUUUCAGGGGAGAGGGAGGGCUUCAGACAGAAUGAGCACAAGUUAUUUGUUCCAGGUGAGCUCGAACAGUUGCUGUUUGUUUUUUUCCUUUUAAGGCCAAUAGUUGCAAGACCAGGGCAAUGGAUCAUUCGAUCUUUGAGUUGGGUCAGUUCCCGUGUCGCUCCAGGUGAAUUCCUUGGCGCUGGCAGAAAUGAAGUACAGUACAGUACUCUGCCUGGAAUUCCCAGAAUCGCUUUGAUGAUCUUUAAGCAAAGAACCAUUGUUUCGUGGACCGAGUAGGUGGGCACAGAGUCCUGGAGUUCGAACCAAAGUUUACCCCAAUGGUUUUCUCCAAGCUAUCAAUGUGUUGAAGGUAAAGCCAAGUUUCUUCCAGGCUCCACCCUGCUCGGAUCUCCC